AUGGAUGCAGCCAAUAUAAUUCGAAAUUUUCAAGACUUCAACCUUCCGGCUACAGUAACCUGUAAUGCUGACAUAUUUCGACAAAUCCAUCACCAUCGUUUACAAGGAGUGUUAUAUAUACCACAGAAUUAUGGUGAAUUAGAUCAGGUGGCUCCGAAAUACUUUUCGAAUUGGUACAAAUGGAUAAUUCUCGCUGAUCGAAUCCCUGAUGCUCUCAAUAAAGUGCGGUAUGAUGCGGAUAUUAUACUCAUAAAACCAGGUCAAUACGGAACAGACACAGGAUUAGAAGAUGUUUACAUUCAUCCCUACCACGGUGCAUCUGCACAUCCAUGGGCUAUUUAUAAUGACAGUGGCCUGCAUGUUACGUACGAAAGGGAGAGAAUACGUAGAAGAUUGAAUCUCCAUCACUAUCCACUGAGGAUUGCUACUCCGCUAGGUACAUACAGUAACGACUCAUACAACGGAACCUUCAUUGACUACCUCCACGACGUGUCUAUGCCAGAAAGAGAUUCCGGAGUUCGCUGUGGAUAUACAACUUCGUCUCUGAUAGUAGAAAGCCUUAACGCGAGUGAAAUACUUCUACCAACCAUGUUAUGGAGCACAGAAGUCCACAAUAGUAGUAUGUUAUUAAAAUUACGCUAUGGAACGGCAGACUUAAGUGGCGGGGUCCUUCGAAUAAUGCAUAGCAGAUAUGAAAAGCUCGAUUAUACUAUGUGGAUUUGGCCUUUUCGGGUUGGUUUUACCUAUCUAGCAGAGCGUGAGAGCAGUAAUAACAUGUUCGUGGCGCCCUUCACGGCAGCAGUUUGGUUAUGCUGUUUGGCGCUAUUCGUCAUAUUGUUCCUGGCGCAGCGUGUAACCGCUAAGAGCGAGAUGGAAAAAGAGGGCGCCUAUAUUGCAGUUAUAGCGACUUGCUUGCAACAGGAUGCUAGUGCAGUUCCACAAGGCAUAUCUGGACGCUGGACGUUUCUCGUUUUAUCAAUUAGCGCGAUGCUAAUCCAUGCCUACUACACAUCAGCUAUCGUAUCCGCUCUAAUGAGUACUGGGAGGAGUGGACCGGAUUCAUUGAAAUCCCUUGGUGAUUCUAGAUACGCGAUUGCGUCAGAAGACUAUGAUUAUAUGCGGUAUUUGAUGUUUGAUGUACCAACCAACUGGGAUGACCUUGAAUAUCUAAAACGAAAGAAAAUUACGUCAAAAUUCUACCAGGAUAUCAGAGACGGUGUGAGGCUGAUCCAAGCUGGGCAGACCGCUUACCAUACAGAGUACAAUCAGCUCUACCCACAUUUAAGCACUUUUACCGACGAUCAGCUGUGCAAAUUGCAGUAUAUUGACACAAUUCCAGAGACUCUAUCAUGGAUUACGUCAACAAAACGCGGUCAAUGGACAGAAGUGUUAAAAUCCUCGGGUGCCUGGCUGCAUGAGACUGGAUUGGCCAAACAGCUCGUAUCCAGACUGCGAAUAAAACCACCUCCCUGCCGCGCAGCCCUGCUCGCUGAACGAGUCAACAUUUAUGACGUCACACCUUUAUUGGGACUAACAAUGGGUGCAGUUAUUCUUUCUGUCAUAAUACUAGGAAUCGAACUGUUAUUGGGAAAGCGUAAAGCGUCGAAGAAAGAUAAACAGGACAUAUUUGAUUCUUAAACGUCACGUAGUAUCUAGGUGACGCUUUGUUUUCACGUCUAAACUAAAAUUCGUCAUAGUCGUAGAAUACGGAUCUGAACUAUAGUAAACUUUACAGGGCAGCCAUUUCAAAAUAAUAUAAUCAUGUUAGUU